AUGCCGAUCACAUUCGAUUCACCCGAGCUCGAUCAACCACUCGAUGGAAAACUGAUCCAAUUUAUCAACGCCAGGGUCCUUAAAAACGGAAAAUUCUGCGACGAUCACAUCUGGGUCCGUGAUGGGCGCAUCAUACCGGGUUCGCAAGUUUUUUUUGAUGAAGCUAGUCUGGCCGAUAUUCAGGUUGAUUGCGGUGGGAAGAUUUUGGCUCCAGGUUUCAUCGACAUUCAAUUAAAUGGUGCCUUCAAUGUCGACUUCAGCUCGUUUGAAGCUGGUGAAAAAUCUUACUUGGAAGGAAUCGCUGCGGUACGCAAAGGAUUAUUGGCUCAUGGAGUGACGGCUUUCUGCCCCACCGUAAUUACUUCAUCAACAGAAAGCUAUUAUAAGGUCCUACCACUUUUGCCUCGAACGCCGGGAGACAAGGAUGGUGCUGCAAUGCUAGGGGCGCAUAUGGAAGGUCCAUUCAUUUCCUUCCACAAACGAGGAUGCCAUCCCCCAGAACAAGUCAAAGAUUUGACGGAAGAAUACAGACUCGAUUUGACACGUGUUUAUGGAGGACUCGAUAAUAUUGCUAUCAUCACCAUUGCUCCAGAGAAACAGCAUGCUGAAAAAGCGAUUGACUGGCUGACGAAAAAGGGUAUCGUCUGUUCGCUUGGGCAUUCAUCAGCUGGCUGGGAAGAAGGGGUGGCUGGCGUCAAGGCUGGCGCCAAAUGUAUUACUCAUUUGUUCAACGCGAUGGCUUCGUACCAUCACAGGGAUCCGGGGCUUAUCGGAUUGCUGACAACGCAGUUUAAGCGAAGGACCGAGCCGUUAUAUUACGGAAUCAUUUCCGAUGGAAUUCACACUCACGACUCGGCAUUGCGACUUGCUUACAAAACACUUCCGGAAGGACUAAUCCUUGUCACCGAUGCAAUUGCAGCACUGGGAAUGGGUGAUGGAGUUCAUCGGUUAGGCCAACAAAGCAUUAUUGUCAAGGGCCAUCAUGCUAUUCUAGAGGGCACUGAAACAACGGCUGGCAGCGUCGCUUCGAUGCCGUACUGUAUCCGACAUUUCGUACAAGCUGCCAGGUGCUCAAUUCAAGAAGCACUUACUGCAGCUACAGCUAGACCUGCGAGUCUCCUCAGCCUUGCCAAUAAAGGCAACCUGGACGUUGGAGCUGAUGCCGAUCUAGUGCUUCUAGAUGACAACAUCAACAUUCUGGCCACAUUCAUUGCUGGAAAGCGGGUCUACCACAAUACAAUUAUCGAGUCU